CAACCACUAGAAAAACAACAAAAUCCAUAGCAGCAGUGCACAGAUCGUACCCUAAUAGACACUACUCAACACCUUCGAAUUCGGGCUUCGGCCAGGCUAUGUUUCAGCCAUGGCGACAGACCGUACUGCGUAUAUCUUGGAUAGCUUAGUCUCCCAUAUGAUUCCUGCAUAUGAGGAUGAAGACAAGCAGACAAUCCAGGAACGCCACAACAGAUGCUUCCAGAUCGCAAAGUCUAUAAUAGAAGACACAGGACGAUCUUCGAUAACACCUGAUGUUAGCCAUUCUGCCGACUUGAUUAAACGAAAACUAUACGAAAGCAACCCUAACCAAGCCCUGCGCUUCUCGAAUCUAUACAACCGCCUCCUAUCCCUACCUGUUCUUGAACAAAAAUGGGCUAUCCUCCACUUGCUCAACGAGCUCUCAGACUCUCCCGAAGAAAGCGAGCCUCUUCCGCUAAGCCCUGUCCGACCUUCUGAUACAAACCAUAGAGAAACAGCGAACCUUGAAGCACUCAGCAGAUCAACAAGAGAUCCUGUACGGAGUUCACCUUCUUCGAAAACACAUGCUCAACAGUUUAGAGACGCCUUCCAGCCAGAUGGGCUUCGUGUCUUCCCCGCAAAAGACUCGAAGCCGGACGAGUCGUUGGACAGAGACGUAGUCAUGAAGAUACCCGGUCAACUCUCUAGUUAUGACGACAUGGAACCAUCUGAGCCUGUAUUACUGCGGGAUCUACCCUUCAUCCUUCAAGGCCUAUCAUCCACCAACCUCUCCUUCCAAGAGCGCGACACUCUCAGGUUACCAGUUACCCUCCCGCUACCUCUCAUCUCGAUUUUGCAUACCCUUGCAGAGCCUUCACUACUUUAUCGUGGUCUCGAGGAAUUCUGCAAGACGCCUGGCAAAGGCCUGCUAGCGCAGAGCCUCCGAUCAGGCAUUAGUGGUGAACUGCGAGCGUAUCUCAACCUUAUCGCAACUUUAGAAGGCCAGAUCCGACGCGCAUUGGCAGAUCUUGAUGAAAGCUCCCCUCGUGGAGGUAUCGGUAAGGCGGGUGUAACGCUUAAGCGAUGUGUGGUCUGGACUAGAGAGGCGACGAUGGGUCUACGACUGAUGAGCCUACUUGCUGAAGAAUCACAAAAUAAGCGCGGUGGGCAACUUAUUACCUUGGUUCAUAGCUUUGCCUCUAGCCAUGGUGAUCCUGUGGUAGCUGCUUUUGCGGAACGCCUACUUGGGACCUGCACACGACCAUUCUAUGAUAUCUUGCGCCGUUGGAUUUAUGAUGGAGAGUUAUCCGAUCCAUACCAGGAAUUCUUUGUACAGGAGCAACCACCGAAUCGAGAACCAAGGUCAAGAGGUGGCGCUAACGUUUGGGAAGAUAAAUAUGAAAUUGCUGAAGACAUGGUCCCAAGUAUUAUUACACAAGACUUUGCCCAAAAGGUUUUCCUGAUUGGAAAGUCUCUCAACUUUAUUCGGCACAGCUGUGGCGAUUCUCUAUGGGUUGAAGACUAUUCCAAAGGAGCUUCAAAAGAGCUUCGCUAUGGUGAUACAGCUACGCUGGAGGCCUGGAUCGACGAGGCGUAUAAGACGACAAUGAAGCGAUUGAUGGAAUUGAUGUCGAAUAAAUUCCAUCUUUUCGACCAUCUAGAGGCUCUGAAGCGAUACAUUCUACUUGGUCAAGGUGAUUUUAUUGCCUUGCUAAUGAAGUCACUGGCAGCAAACUUGGAUCGCCCAGCAGGUGCACAGUAUCGACACACACUUACAGCCCAGCUUGAACAUGCGAUCCGUGGCUCCAACGCCCAAUAUGACUCGCAAGAAGUUCUGCGAAGACUUGAUGCACGAAUGCUGCAACUUUCUCAUGGCGAUAUCGGAUGGGACUGCUUCACCUUAGAAUACAAGAUCGACGCACCUGUGGAUGUUGUUGUCACAGAAUGGGGCAACCGCCAAUACUUGAAAGUCUUUAACUUCCUUUGGCGAAUCAAGCGGGUUGAAUUCACACUACUCAGUAGCUGGAGAAGCUGUACAACCGGUGCACGUGGUGUCCUCCAAACAUCUGAGCCAGAAGUCGCCCAGACUUGGAAAUCCACGCGGGGUACACUGGCAGAAAUGAUACAUUUUGUCGGCCAACUCCAGUACUAUAUAUUGUUCGAAGUGAUUGAGUCUUCAUGGAACGAGCUGCAAUCCCGCAUUCGUAAGGAGGACUGUACAUUGGAUGAUCUUAUUAAAGCUCAUGAGUCCUAUCUGAACGAUAUCACCCACAAGGGGCUAUUGGGUGCGAAACGCCGGCACCCCAACGGCCCAGCCGACAGUGAUGAUCGAGCCACGUAUCUUGUUCAGCUGAGCGAAAUCCUACGCUUGAUGCUGAACUACAGAGAUUGCGUGCAGGGCCUCUACAGCUGGAGCGUCUCUGACUAUACCAGGCGUCAAGAAGCUGGCGUACGGAGUGGCCUUGCAUCGCGAAACACAGACCUAGACGAUGACGAGGAUAUGCUUGGAACGACACACAACGAGGCAGAUUCUGAAUUCCCUCUGCUUCAGGAACGCUUAGCUCACCUAGGAUCCUCGUUCCGCAUGCGCUUACGUGUGCUCUUGGGCGACCUGGCCUACCAACCAGAUGUUGACAUGCGCUUCCUAGGCGUGGCAAUGAACUUCAAUAAUGCUUACCAGCCUGUGGGUCGUCGAAGUAAAACGGCCUCUACAACGGCUACUGGAAACACUUCAAUGGCAGCCUCGAGGGCAGAAGGGCGAUGAUGACGGUAUAUGAUUUUGAAAUUGUACGACUCGCUACACACCAUAGAGCCUCCUUUUAGCAAACGAAAUGAAUUAUAUGAUAGCAUAUAUAUAUGGGCUAUAUUUCCUUUACGUGUUCGUGAAAUAUGCUCCAUGUGCUUGAAAAAAGUGAUUUACUGCUUAAUCACCCAGGGUGUCCGAUAUACGCAGUGAUUACUAUUUGGCACUUGCGAACACGAGAUCGAAAUCCGUAUCAGACGUAAGGGUGAUAAUAUCGUUACCAAAGCACACUAGCCUCUAGAGCGACAGGGCAAGUAUUGGGAUAAGACUAGCACAGCCAUUAUGCUUGGUCCAGCCAGAACACGGCGGGUUUACAGGACAAGGCAGCUGGGGAGGAUGUGUUUGCUUGCUGCAGCAUGUUGGGCUCCCUAGAAAGAUGGCCUAAUAAAUUACAACCGCCAGGGACCGCUGCCAGGGGCGCUAGGUGCCACAGGUGCGUCGUUGUGGGGAAUACGGCGCCUUUCCC